UCGGGGAAGAAGAAGGAGGCGCUGAAAGCGGCGGCCCGCUGAGACGAUCUUGAGCGCGUCUCGCCUUCGUUGGAGAUUCCGUCCUGUUCCGGAAGAGGAUGAGCAGUAACCAAUUCAACAAGGGCCCCAGCUACGGCUUGUCUGCGGAAGUCCGAAAUCGGCUUGCCCAGAAAUAUGACCCACAGAAGGAAGCGGAAUUACGGGUAUGGAUAGAAAACCUCACUGGGAGGCAGAUUGGCCCCGAUUUCCAGAAGGGGCUGAAAGAUGGCGUCAUACUUUGCGAAUUAAUAAACAAACUACAGCCUGGUUCAAUAAAAAAAAUCAACACCUCCUCUCUCAACUGGCAUCAGCUGGAGAACCUCUCCAACUUCAUCAAGUCCCUACUAAGCUAUGGUUUGAAGCCCGUCGAUCUGUUUGAAGCCAACGAUUUGUACGAGAGUGGAAAUAUGACUCAAGUGCAGGUGUCGCUCCUUGCUCUGGCGGGCAUGGCGAAAACAAAAGGUAUUGAAAGUGGGAUGGAUAUUGGAGUGAAAUAUUCAGAGAAACAGGAGAGAGCCUUUAACGAUGAAAAACUCAAGGCUGGACAUUGUGUCAUUGGUCUACAGAUGGGCACCAACAAGUGCGCUAGCCAGUCAGGAAUGACCGCCUAUGGGACUAGGAGGCAUCUCUAUGAUCCCAAGAACCAGAUACUACCUCCAAUGGACCAUUCCACCAUCAGUUUGCAGAUGGGUACCAAUAAGUGUGCUAGCCAGGUGGGCAUGACAGCUCCAGGAACCCGCCGGCACAUCUAUGAUUCCAAGCUGGGCACAGACAAAUGCGAUGACAGCUCCAUGUCCCUCCAAAUGGGCUCUAACCAGGGUGCCAACCAGAGUGGGCAGGUGUUUGGUUUGGGCCGUCAAAUCUAUGACCCCAAGUAUUGCCCCCAAGGCAACGCUGGGGUGGCAAGCAACGCAGCCCCCCUUGAGGAUCAGAACUCAGCCAACUAUUAUUAUUAUCAGGAGGACCAGUGAACUGGAUGUAUUCUCUCCCUUGCCCUGUUUUCUCUUCUUUUCCCCAAACCAUUGCUGGGCAGUUCCUGGCAAAGUCCAGCAAUCCUGCAAUGUAUGUAUUUUAAACUUUUUUUCAAAGGAAAAAAAAAAAGGAGUUGUCCAAGAUGCAUUUCCCUUCUACCCCGCAAGGAUAGGAAAACAUAAAAAUGUUUAUCCUUUUUUUUUUUUAAGAAAGAGAGUAAAGCUGAUCUUUAAGGGUUAGACAAGAUCAUGUGAACUUUCCCUGAUGCCCAAACUUAACUAUAGAUACUGGAAAUAACAAAGAUUGCAGUAUUGAUUUCACACUUUAAAAAUCCUGGACAAUUUCUAUCCUGGACAAUUUCUUUGAAUUAUACAUGUGCAGAUGGAGAGGGUUGCAAAAUUUAACUUUGUAUGUCCAGAAAAAGGAAGCCAUUUCCAAAAUCUGAAAAUCAUAUUUUACAACUGUAGUCGGUUGCAAUACCGAGCUAUAAUUUU